UUGCAGCGACAACGGAAGCCGUGACGAGAUUUGCGCUUGACUUUUUGAUAGCCUUUGGUCAGUCUAACCAUCCAAGAUGGCGGCGCUUGUGGGGUUGCGUGCAUGUUUCUCCGCUCUUCAGCUUUCCUCGCCAUGCUUCCUGCACAGCUCAUUCAAACUGUGUGCUCUGCCUCUGAGUCGGCGAAGCUUUGCUGCAGAGGCUAAGAAGACAUACAGCAGAGAAAAGCCACAUGUCAACAUUGGAACAAUUGGCCACGUUGAUCAUGGCAAGACGACCCUGACAGCAGCCAUCACAAAAGUUCUUGCUGACUCUGGCGGAGCUAAUUAUAAGAAGUAUGAGGACAUUGACAAUGCCCCAGAGGAGAAGGCUCGAGGAAUCACCAUCAAUGCCUCUCAUGUAGAAUAUACCACAGCCAACAGGCAUUAUGCCCACACAGACUGUCCAGGACAUGCUGACUAUGUCAAGAACAUGAUCACAGGCACAGCCCAGAUGGAUGGCUGUAUUCUUGUGGUAGCAGGCACUGAUGGCCAGAUGCCUCAGACACGUGAGCACCUCCUGUUGGCCAGACAGAUUGGUGUCGAGCAUGUGGUGGUCUUCAUCAACAAAGCUGAUGCCGUUGAUGACAAAGAGAUGCUGGAUCUGGUAGAGAUUGAGAUCCGGGAGCUGCUUACAGAGUUCGGCUAUGAUGGCGAGAACACACCUGUUGUGAUAGGCUCUGCCCUCUGCGCCUUGGAGAACAAGCAACCUGACCUGGGUGCGAAUGCAGUGAUGCAAUUGUUGGAAAUUGUGGAUUCAUACAUUCCUUUGCCUAAGAGAGAGCUGGAGAAACCUUUCCUUCUGCCCAUCGAAGGAGUUUUUUCUAUUCCAGGCAGAGGCACAGUAGUGACUGGCACUAUGGAGAGAGGCGUCAUCAAGAAAGGAGACGACUGUGAGUUUUUGGGCCACAAUCGAAGCUUCAAGACUGUGGUCACAGGAAUCGAGAUGUUCCACAAGUCCCUGGAUCGGGCCGAGGCAGGAGAUAACAUGGGCGCUCUUGUCCGAGGUCUAAAGAGAGAAGAUGUGAGGAGAGGGAUGGUGAUGUGCAAGCCAGGAUCUAUAAUGCCUCACCAGAAAGUCAAAGCCCAGGUGUAUGUUCUGAGUAAGGAAGAGGGAGGCAGACACAAACCAUUUGUCAACAACUUCAUGCCCGUCAUGUUCUCGCUAACCUGGGACAUGGCCUGUAGGAUCACUCUGCCCAGUGACAAGGAAAUGGUGAUGCCAGGAGAGGACACCUCCUUGACGCUGACGCUCCGCCAGCCAAUGGUUCUGGAAAAAGGCCAGAGGUUCACCCUGAGAGAUGGAAACAAAACCAUUGGCACCGGCCUGGUCACAGAAAUCAUGACUGUAACAGAAGAUGAUCAGUGCAACUGGGGCUAAAGCGGAAACUGCAAAGGGCAGUGAGGGGUGGGCCUAGAGGUCAGGAAGGGAGAGGGAGUGUGUCCGUGUCUGGUCAGAUCAGUUUAGUACCCGAAAUAUACAAAACACAAACUCAUCAGGAUCAGAAAAGAACUCGAAGGAAUGCAUGGCUUUGUUGUGCAGUUCCACCCAACCAAAAGAAAUGUAAUGUCCAGAAUUGUGUCCUUAUUGUAAUAAAAUGUAUUAAAUAAGA